AUGAUUCCUCCUCCAGUGGAUUCAGCGUUGCUUCGCGAACAUUCUUAUGAGGACAAGAGACUUUUGGAUAUUGUAUUGAAUUCACAGAAGUAUUCGAGCACAAGCGGGUACAAACCUAUUAAGGAUUAUGGUCUAGGAUAUUUCAACUACAUAUUUGCAAUGGAGAAGGGAAUUGGACAGGUGAGGAAUAAAGAUAUAUUUCGUGAUCAUCUCUAUAGAUAUUUCAAUUUUUAUUUUUCGGUGUGGUUGGUUAUCUUUAUGGUAUGGUUUUUAUAUGUGUUUGGUAGUCCCAGCAGUUUGGAUAAGAUGAGUUGGAGGAUUCAUAGUAAGAAAAAAAGUGACGAUGACACGGUAACCAUGUAUCAUCAUAUGAAGGUUUAA